AUGCGUCCGUCAGGCGGCCAAAGCAGCGCUGGGUGGGGUGCGCACCCCCACACUGCUCACCCGCACGGUCGCCGGGGAGAGGGUCUCACGACCGCGCUGCUGCUGCUGGCGCGAGCCACCACCGGAGCCACUCCUCUGGGAAGACCCGCGACCAGCACCAUCCCCACCCCCGCCGCCUCCGCCGCCUCCGCCGCCUCCGCUACUGCCGCCACCUCCGCCUCCGCCUCCACCGCCGCCACCUCCGCCACCUCCGCUCCCACCGCCACCGCCGCCGCCACCUCCGCCUCCACUGCCGCCACCGACCCCUCCACCCCCACCUCCACUCCCACCGCCACCCCCACUCCCCCCACCGCCGCCACCUCCACCUCCACCGCCCCCGCUCGCUCCUCUAGCGCCCUUGCCCCCCUUGCCCUUGCCAGGGCGGCGUCUCCCGCUAGGGGCAGACGCCGCACCGACCGACUCAAGACCAAGGAGGUCGGCCGCAGUAGCAGAGGCAACAGAGGGCAGAAGGGGGGAGGGGGGACACCCCUCAAAGAUGGGGGUGCGCGGGUCACCUCGAGAGGCUCCUACAGCGACUAUGCUCUUCUCUAUCGCUAG